CGCUCUAAAAUUAGCCGGCCGGCUCCCUUAUCGCCCAGCCGUGUCAUCAGAGGGUAUUUUGGGGCUGGCAGCUGUGGGCACCCGGGACUCUCCACCCCCAGAAGGGGCCCCGCAAGGGCCCGCUGGACGGCGGGGGCGAACCGUGGCCCGGGAGGCCGAGGUCCACCUCCGGCUGUGCCCGGCAGACACAGGGCCCCGUCCACCCCCCGGGAGCCGGGUGCCAGCCCGGGGCUCCAGACGAGGAGAGAGGCUCUUGGGCUGCGGAUGAGGAUGGAGGGGCUGAGAGGGGCCCCCCGCUUCCUGAGCUUCCCCAAGCCGGUCCAGGUGGAGGACGGGGCCGACGCCAUCCUGCAGUGCCGCCUGGCGGGGUCCCCGCCCCCCACCGUCACCUGGGAGAAGGACGGGAGGCCGCUGGAGGCCUCGGAGCGGCUGUGGCCCCGGGCCGCGGGGGCCCAGUGCGGCCUGCUGGUGCGGGGGGCCCGGCCCGGAGACGCCGGCCUCUACGUCUGCCGGGCCCGCAACCCCACCGGAGAGGCCUUCGCCGCCGCCUCCCUCUCUGUCCGGGAUCCUGGGACCGAGGGCCCCGCUCCUUCCCGGGAUCCCUCGCUCACGGCCCCUAACCCGUCCCAGAACCCCUCGCUCACAGCCCCCGGUCCUUCCCAGACCCCCUCGCCCGAGGCUUCUGCUCCCUCCCAAGUUGCCUCGUUCCCAACCUCUGGUCUGCCCCAGGACCCCUCGCUCGUGGCCCCGGGUCCCUCUCUUGAUCCCUUGCUCCCAGCCCCCUGUCUCCCCCAGGACCCCUCACUCAUGACCCCUAACCCCCGCCGGGGACCCUCAGACACAUCCGGGCCGCCGGACAGGGUGGAAGCCCUCCCCCAUCCCCUUCCUCUCCCUCAGAAGCCCUCCGCCCAGCCACCCGCCCUCCCCCCUCCCCCAGGCCCGAGCCCCCCCACCUUCCUCCGGGCCCCCCGUUCCCAGAGCGUGAUGCGGGGUGCGGAGGUGGUCCUGUCCUGUCAGGUGCGGGGGCCGCCGGGGGUCCGGCUCCACUGGGAGAAGGAUGGGCAGCCCCUGGGCCACGUGUGGGAGAGCAGCCACUUCACCCUGACCCAACAGCCGGACGGCUCCCACGCCCUGAGGAUCCGGGCGGCCCGGAUCCCCGACGCCGGGGUCUACGUCUGCCGGGCCCGGGACCCCCGGGGGGAGGCGGUGGCCGCGGCCCUGCUCCUGGUGGAGCCCCCCGAGGAGGAGGCCUCCCCUCUGCCCCCUCCCAGGCGAAGGCGGAAACCUGGAGGGGCCCAGACGGGGGGUCGACAGGAACCCAAGAAUUUCUGGGUGAGCGAGGGGAAACACGCCAAAUUCCGCUGCUACGUGACGGGGAAGCCGGCCCCCGAGACCGUGUGGCACCGGGACGGCCGGGCCUUGGCCCCGGGUCGCCGCCAUCUUCUCUACCGGGCCCGGGAUGGGGGCUUCGUCCUCAAGGUCCUGUACUGCCAGCCGGACGACCGGGGCCUCUACGUCUGCUCCGCCCACAGCGACGCCGGAACGACCCUCAGCGCCGUCCAGUUGAACAUCAAAGAGCCCCGAGUGCGGUUCGCGGUGCCGUUGGAAGACGUGGAGGGGGACGAGCACGGGAGCGCGGUGCUGGAGUGCCAGGUGCCGGCCCCGGGCGAGCCCACGGCCUGGUACCGGGAGGAACGGAGGCUGCAGCCCGGUGCCAAGUACGAGCUGGGCGAGGCGGGCGCCGUGAGGCGCUUGGUCAUCCACGACCUGCAGCCCGACGACGACGGCAUCUACCUGUGUGAGAUGCGGGGCCGCGUCCGCACCGUGGCCGCCGUGACCGUCAAGGGAACAAUCUUGCAGCGGCUGCCCCGGAAGCUCGAGGCGUUGGAGGGGGAGCACGUCGUGUUCUCGGUGAAGACGCGGGAGGCCGAGGCGGGCGGGCUCUGGAGCCGGGACGGGCAGGAGCUGCCCGCCUCCCCCCGCGUCCUGCAGACCCGCUUCGGUCGCACCCACUCCCUGGUGCUGGUCGGGGUCACCGUCCGAGAUGCGGGCACCGUCACCUUCAGCCUGGGCGCGUCCCACACCUCUGCCCAGCUCAGGGUCACACGCGUCCAGCGAGCCCCGCCGGGGUCCCCGCUCUCGGCCGAGCUGAACGCGGGGUCGGGGAACGCAGCCCUGCUGAGCUGGAGGCCCCCAGUGCCCACCCCCGACCCUCCCUGCACCUACCUGCUGGAGUGGCAGGAAGUGGGGACGGAGGCCUGGGUCCCGUGUCUGAAGACGGAGGCGGCCGGAGCGGUGGAGGUGGCCGGAGACGGCGUCCCCCGCGAAGGCCACUACAGCUUCCGCCUCUGGGCGGUCAGCGAGCUCGGACGGAGUCCCCCCGUCGUCUUCCCGGGCUCCGUGCACCUGGCGCCCACCGUACGGGUGCACGGAGGCCUGGAGGAUGUGCGGGUGCCCGCCGGCCACGACGCCGUCUUCUCCCUCAAGCUCUCGGCCUCGGUCUCGGGCGCCUGGUUCCUCGAUGGGGUGAAGGUGGAGGCCGACGGGGAAGGGCCCCAUCGGGGGGCCGACGUCCGGGCCGGGGGGCCGGACCCCAGCCUCACCCUCCGCGCCGUCCGGCCUCGGGACGACGGGACGCGGGUGGAGUUCGUCCGCCCGGGGAUGCGCCACUCCGCCACCCUCCGCGUGCAAGAGCCCCCCGUGAGGGUGGUCCGGCCCCUGGACGAGGUGACGGUGGAGGCCCAGAGCUCGGAGCGGGUGGAGCUGACGUGUGAGCUGUCCCGGCCGGGGGUCCCCGUGCGCUGGUACCGUGACGGCGUGGAGGUGGAGGAGAGCGAGACCCUGCAGCUGGAGAGCCGGGGACCCCGCCACCGCCUGCUGCUGCCCGCCGUCCGGCCCCAGGACGCGGGGACGUUCGUGUGCGACACGGGAGACGACUCCGCCGCCUUCUCCGUCGUCGUCUCAGAGCCCCCCGUGAGGGUGGUCCAGCCCCUGGACGAGGUGACGGUGGAGGCCCAGAGCUCGGAGCGGGUGGUGCUGACGUGUGAACUGUCCCGGCCGGGGGUCCCCGUGCGCUGGUACCGUGACGGGCUGGAGGUGGAGGAGAGCGAGAACCUGCAGCUGGAGAGCCGGGGACCCCUCCACCGCCUGCUGCUGCCCGCCGUCCGGCCCCAGGACGCCGGGGAGUUCGUGUGCGACGCGGGAGACGACUCGGCCUUCUUCUCCGUCGUCGUCUCAGAGCCCCCCGUGAGGGUGGUCCGGCCCCUGGACGAGGUGACGGUGGAGGCCCAGAGCUCGGAGCGGGUGGAGCUGACGUGUGAACUGUCCCGGCCGGGGGUCCCCGUGCGCUGGUGCCGUGACGGCGUGGAGGUGGAGGAGAGCGAGACCCUGCAGCUGGAGAGCCGGGGACCCCGCCACCGCCUGCUGCUGCCCGCCGUCCGGCCCCAGGACGCGGGGACGUUCGUGUGCGACGCGGGAGACGACUCCGCCGCCUUCUCCGUCGUCGUCUCAGAGCCCCCCGUGAGGGUGGUCCAGCCCCGGGAGGAGGGGACGGUGGAGGCCCAGAGCUCGGAGCGGUCGGUGGGGCUGGAGGUGGAGGACAGGGAGACCCUGCAGCUGGAGAACCGGGGUCCCCGCCACCCCCCGCUGCUGCCCACCGCCCAGCCCCAGGACGCGGGGGACUUGGUGCGGGACGCGGCAGACGACUCCGUCGCCUUCUCUGCCAUCGUCUCAGAGGCUCCAGGGACCGUAGCCGGCGGCCCGCGGGACCCGCAGGGGACGGAGGGGGACCCGGCCACCUUCGACGACGACUCGUCCCGGGCCCGGGCUGAGCUCACCUGGCACGAGGUCCGGGACCGCAGCCCCCCCGGGACGGCGGGGAAGGACAGCAGCGCCGUGGCCAACGACGAAGCCAGGGGGGCCCGGGUCACCGUCCGAGACGGCAGCCCUGCGCCCGCGCUGUGGGGGCUAAAGCCGGUGUGGGCCCGCGAGGGAGACACCGCCACCUUCCACUGCUCCGUGGCCGAGGACCGGAGCCGGAGCGGGAGCGGGAGCGGGAACGGGAGCGGGAGCGGGGAGCCGCGCGCCAACGCCUGCUGGCGGAGACGGGGGCUCGUCCUGCGGCCCGGACCCACAGUGCGCCUGCGCCAAGAAGGGAACAGACACUUUCUGAUCCUGAGCGAGCUGUGCACCGAGGAUGCCGGGGAAAUCAGCUUCCAGGCUGGGAACGCACGGGCCGUAACGCAGCUGGAGGUGGAGGCCCUGCCGGUCCUCCUGGUGCGGCGGCCUCCGCGGGAGAAGACGGUGCUGGCCGGCCGGCGGGCCGUGCUGGAGGUGGGCCUGUCUCGGGCCGGGGGCCGCGUCAGCUGGACCAGGGACGGGGCCGAGCUGCGGCCGGGAGACAAGUACGAGCUGCGCCGGCGAGGGGCGGCCCACAGCCUGGUCAUCCGCGACGUCCGGCCCUCCGACCGGGGCGUCUACCGCUGCCGGGCCGGGCGGGACGUCGCCCAGACGGUCCUGCUGGUGGAGGGAGGGAGCUAAGAUCCGCUGAGCCUGGCCGGACCGGACCCCAGCCGGACCCCAGCCGGACCCCCGCGGGGCUGAAGGAGGCCGGACGGAGGGAAGACAGCGGUGGGGGAGGGAGAGGGUGGGGAAUAAACGGCUCGGA